AUGGCGUGGCGCCGCCGUAUCAUCUCCGAUCCUCGCGUGCAGACUCUCAGCGCGCGGAGGCACCACUCUCGCGGCGGCUUUCCUACUGUGGUUUAUAUUUCAAGAUACCUGGCGACUAAAGCGCAGGAGGCCGCGGAGUUGGUCCGACCCAAAACAAAUCGAGAGAGGAGUGGGGAUACGUGA